AAAGCAGUAGUUUUAAGAGAUAUAGAGUCUAAGAAAAUUUUUAAUGUCAAGAUCUGGCACUGCUUUUACAGUCAUAGCCCUGAUGUGGAGAACUAUGUCAGUGGGAAAAUAAUUUUUCAAGAAAUUUGAUUUUGUAUGAAAUAAUAAAGCAUUUACUUUCUGUAACUCAGAGGUAGUGGCUUUCAUCCAGUUUGAGACCACAGACACUUUGAGAAUAUGAUGAAAUCUCUAUUAAAAAACUGGGAAGAGCAUUUACACAAUUUGCAUACAAAUGUCAGGAAAACACCUGACCCCAGAUCCCACACCACCUUCCUAGCCUCCUUCUGUCAGGCUCAGAAUCUUAGCUCUAAUAAAACUGAUUGUUUCUACAGGUUCGAGAAAUGGCUGCUACCACCUUAAGUGGUCUAUUACAGUGCAACUUCCUUACCAUAGACAGUCCCAUGCAGAUUCAUUUUGAGCAACUUUGCAAAACAAAACUACCGAAGAAGAGAAAGCGAGACCCUGGUUCUGUAGGAGAUACGAUUCCUUCUGCAGAAUUGGUCAAACGCCAUGCUGGGGUGCUAGGACUUGGUGCAUGUGUUCUCUCUAGUCCUUAUGAUGUUCCCACCUGGAUGCCCCAGCUCCUUAUGAAUCUCAGUGCACAUCUGAAUGAUCCUCAGCCUAUUGAGAUGACUGUAAAAAAGACCUUAUCCAAUUUCCGAAGGACGCACCAUGACAACUGGCAAGAACACAAACAACAGUUCACUGAUGACCAGUUGCUUGUUCUCACUGAUCUCCUUGUGUCACCAUGCUAUUAUGCAUAGAAAUAGGGAAGACCCAGGAAUCUUUUACUGGGAUAGGAAGAAUAAAGAAAAUUUCACUUACUCGGCUUUUAGAGUUGGCUAUUCUAUUGUCUAACUGAAAUUUUUUUCCCUCCCUGAUACAGAUGAGUAAUCCACACUUCAAGCUCUUUUCAUCAAAAAUUCCAGAUCCUCAGGUACCAUCUUUGGUGGCUCUCUGCAGGUUUUAAAACUGCCUCUGUUGCACUCUCAUGAUUUUGGUGGUUUCUAUAUUUGGUCUCAUUAGUCUGGGCUCCACAGGUUCUCAGCUGCCAUUUGAUUUCCUAACUAGAAAUGUUUCCUGAACAUCCAUCACUUUUUCAAGGCAUCUGACAAACCCACAGUGUCUCAGACUAGAAAUAACUACCCAGUAUAAUCAUGGCAUCAAAGACCAGAGAGAGUCUAGGAACUCAUUAAGAAACCGUUUUCUUGGAACGGAGAAUAUGCAUCUGUAAUACAAGUCCUGUCAUUUCAUUCACCUCAGAUUAUUUUGAAUUAUUUUCAAAUGGCUGUUGGGUAUAGAUGGCAGUAAGGCUGUGGGCCAUAAAUCUGAUGCCUUGAGAGCCUUGGGUUUGGAGAAUCAUGAAGAGGGAAAGAAAAGAGGGCAACUGUUGACUCUGUCCAAGGAUAUGAUGGAUUGCUCGACCAGGACACAGAAAUGCAGUCUGUGUCCAAGUACUUCCCACAGACUGGAGUUUUUGGUGCUUAAUAGAAGAGCAGUUGCUUUAAAACUGGGGGUUUGGUGAAUAAAUUUUUGAUUGUUGUGUGUGUAAACAAUGUGUGAUUUUGAAAAUAAACAGCAACAACAAUAAAAACCUGACUGGUUGAUUUUUACCUGUAUUCUUUACAAAUAUUGUUUGACCCUCUUUUGAAAACUGUUAUACUUCACCUAAUGGAAGACUGCUGUGUUUGUGGAAAUUCUGUAAUUUUCUUCUCUUUGUUGUUUUUCUUCUUCUUUUUUUUUUUUUGCUUGCAGAAUCAUUGAAAGGUGACUAAUAAGUCUUGAUAUUUAAUUGACUUGUUUAAUAAAUGUUAUAUAGAUGUAAAAGACUGUAUAAACUGUAGAGAUAGCAUUGGCAAGACUGUGUACAGAUGCAGCCUUUUACACACCACCACUGUGUAAUUAAUUUGUAAAGAUUCACAUGUACCUCUUACAGUGAUUUUUGGCUUUUUUACCAAUGGAAUGCCAUUUUUGUGUUUUUAAAUUAUUUUCUUUAUCUUUUUAUGUUACAAAGGCUGAGGUGUGGGGCUUUUUAGUUCAUUUAUCAUUAGAAUGUCUGAAUUUUUAUGUAACACUUUUUUGUGUGCAUUUCUAAAUGCAAACACAUGUUUGCUAUGACAAGUUUAUAGAAUACAAGGUAUCUUCUAGGUUAAAGUAAUUCACAAGUUGGUGAAUGUCAUCUUGCAACACACCCUGUACAGUCUUCCUUAAAGGAACACUACAGUAUAUUUUUUAGUAACUCUUGCUGAAUGACUCAGUACAGACCUAGGCACAGCAGAGGUCAUGGUACAGUAUUUAAGUGUCAGCAUACACAGGCGUAAUCCCUGUAUAAAAUAGUGCCAAACUGAUGAUUUUGAUUGUGUAACUACUUUAAAACCCAAUAAAUGGAUUGUUUUUAACA